AUUUGGUGUUUACCUGGAAAACGUCGACUGACUUAAAUGCAGGUGCAAAAAUUUAUCUUUCUGCACGAAAUUUAGACGUUUUAAAGGGAAAUUCUGGACCGGUCGUGAUUUUGAAGCAUUUCUGGAGUCUCCUUAAAUUUUUUUACGGACAGGUUGGAGAAACAUAUUCAUACCAAUCAAGGCUGCUAACAACCCCUCUUCCAUUAUGUCGUCGUCGGCAAUCUAUUUGUUGGACAUAAAAGGAAAGGUGUUGAUUUCGCGCACUUAUCGCGGCGACAUCGACCUCGGCGUGAUCGAGAAGUUUAUGCCCCUGCUGAUGGAGAAGGAGGAGGAAGGCACCCUGACGCCCAUCCUGCAGACCAACGAGUGCACCUUCGCCUACAUCAAGUACAACAACCUGUACGUCGUAUCAACUUCGAAGAAAAACGCCAACAUUGCUCUUGUCUUUGUCUUUCUCCACAAAAUCGUCCAAGUGAUGACUGAGUAUUUUAAGGAACUUGAGGAGGAGAGCAUACGAGACAACUUUGUCGUAAUCUACGAACUGCUGGACGAACUCCUCGACUUUGGUUAUCCGCAGACCACAGACAGCAAAAUUUUGCAAGAGUACAUCACUCAAGAGGGUCACAAAUUAGAAAUUCAACCCCGACCGCCCGUAGCAGUGACGAACGCCGUUUCGUGGCGUUCGGAAGGCAUCAAGUAUAGAAAGAACGAGGUCUUUCUUGACGUCAUCGAAUCCGUCAACCUUCUCGCCAAUGCAAAUGGCAACGUUUUGCGAAGCGAAAUUGUCGGAGCAAUCAAGAUGAGGGUGUACUUAUCAGGAAUGCCGGAGCUGCGUCUUGGGCUCAACGACAAAGUGCUCUUUGAAAGCACCGGCCGUGGUAAAUCAAAGUCCGUCGAGUUGGAGGAUGUAAAGUUCCACCAGUGCGUCAGGCUCUCUAGGUUCGAGAAUGACCGCACCAUUUCCUUCAUCCCUCCGGAUGGUGAAUUCGAGCUCAUGUCCUACAGAUUAAACACACAUGUGAAACCUUUGAUUUGGAUCGAGUCAGUGAUUGAAAGACACGCUCACAGUCGCGUCGAGUACAUGAUCAAAGCCAAAUCUCAGUUCAAGCGGCGUUCCACUGCCAACAAUGUGGAGAUCAUCAUUCCAGUGCCAGCCGAUGCCGACACACCCAAAUUCAAAACCACCAUCGGCAGUGUCAAAUACGCCCCGGAGCAAAACGCUAUUAACUGGACCAUCAAAUCAUUCCCCGGCGGCAAGGAGUACUUGAUGCGGGCUCACUUUGGCUUGCCCAGCGUAGAAAGUGAGGACUCGGAGGGCAAACCGCCCAUCCAGGUCAAAUUCGAAAUACCCUAUUUCACUACCUCUGGAAUACAGGUUCGCUAUUUGAAAAUCAUAGAGAAGAGCGGAUACCAAGCAUUGCCAUGGGUCAGGUAUAUCACCCAGAACGGAGACUACCAGCUGAGAACUAAUUGAUUUCUGUAAAUUUUGAUCCAGAGACUCUAUAUCUAUUUGUAUUUUGGCCAAUGCUGAUUAUGAUUGAAGUAAUAAUUAAUCUCUUCUGUUGAAUUUUAAUAUCAAAACUAAUCGUUUUAUUU